UACUAAUUCAAACUAGUAGUAGUUUUUCCCUUGGUUAGGACGGUGUUAACUAUUGUACAAUUAGCACCGUAGCCGUUCCCUGGCUAAUGACAUGGGUAGAUCCACCUGCACCACUAAGAUCUUGCCAAGUCAUCACAUUGGGAUCUUGAAGGGACCUACCUUGUAGGAUGGGUAAUCAAUAUUCUUUGAGCAGGAUCCCAAAUAUGAAAUAAAGAAAGUCAACACAUAAUACAAGAAAAAGAUCUCAAAUUUCUCUAAUAAAAAAUCCCAAAAUGCUAAAAGUGGAUAUUUAGGUGGUUAUUUUGUUCUAUCGGAUCACAUAUACAGUUAGGGGUGGUCAACUAUCUUGUUUAUCCCGAUCAAGUCGUACCCAAUUGAUAUUUGGAUUGAAUCAGAUUAGUUUGAAUGUUUUGAUUCGAUUUUGGUUCUAUCAUCUAUAAGUAAUCUUAAGUAUGAAGAAACAUAAAUUGAAUUUGGGUCGGGUCGAGUCGAGUCUAACCAAAUGAACCAAAUAUGCUUUUGGUUCGGUUCGGGUCCUCAUUUUCCCUUAAUUUUUGGCCCUGUCCUAAGUCAAUUCAAUCCGUUUAUGGAUUGUCGACAGAUGCCCAAAUAUAUAUAUGAUAGUUAUGGACGCAAUUAGAAAUUGACAAGGAUUGUUGGUUUGGGAGUUUACACCAUCAAUUAAAAAUUUGUUUCAUCGCUCAUCUGGAAAAUUGACGAGUCAUUAUAGAUUAAUCAUCGGCAUGACAGUUUCUAUAUCGAAAGAUAGAACUACAGGUUAACUCUACUACAUCAGCAAUUAUUCUCCUUUUGCCUCAUAAUAAGCAUACUUAUCGGCACGUUAAACUUGUCUUAAAUUUUCAAAAUCUCAUACAUCGAAACUUAAAUAAUGGAGACUUCUCAAAUCUAUAAAAUAAUACAACUUAGUGGUCUUCUUGAUCCACCAAGACCCAUCUAUACCUAAAAAUUUAUAUUGGUUUAUGCAACACUUUUGAGCUUAUAAGGCAAUGGAAAUUUACCCUAUUCCUAAUCAACAAAUAGAGAAGAAAGAGAGGAAAUCCAAUAUUUGGAUAGAGAGAGACCCACAUGAGAUACCAAACACUGCCCCAGUAAACAGAAAGCUGCAAACUCUGCUCGUUCCUUCCUUUCCUUUUUUUCUUAUCCAAACACUCUUCUUAGCCAGUUUACAACUUACCCUUUUCUCUUCCUUCUCAAAACAAAUUAUGCAAUCUUCUUCCUUACUCCAACCACUACUCUCCUUCCCACCCAAUCACAAGCCUCUAAACUUCAUUGAAGCUUCCCCAGCUAGUGGAAUCUUCUUCAACAGAGUCAUUAGAAGAAAGUCAUGCUCUUCAAAGUAUUGGGUUGCUGUUCAUGCUGUGGAGAAGAAGAACUCUCAAGAACAACAAGAAGAGCAAUAUGAGAUAGACCCAGAUCAGGCUAAGCAAGCCCUGCAGAAACUUGAUCAGCAGCUCCAAGAACUCUCCACAAAGCAAGUCUCCCCUCCAAAAGUUAAAGCUUCAGAAGUGAAGAUUACAAGGGAGCAAGUGAAGGAAGAGUUCAGAGAGAUUCCAGUUACUGUGGUUCCAUAUCUUGUAGUGGUUCUAUUUGCCUUCAGCAUCUUCUACAAUGUACUGUUCCUCACUGUGAUAAAGCCAGCCAUAGAUGGACCAGAGCUAACCCCUGGAGCUACAAUCAGGGUGGAAAUGGAACCAUCUCGGUACAGAGUUAUGUAGUUGAUGCAGCCAUUAACCCCUGAAGGGUUCCUGUAAUUAUGCUUACACAUAUAUAGAGAUGAUUGUGAGAAAUGGUAUAUAUAAUGAAAAGAUUCAUUAUUACCUCUCUUCCAUGCCAACUUGGAGGUUGUUACGAGAUGCAUUUGUGAUUGUUGGAGAGCCCUGCUUAGUGCCUGUGGAGAAAUACAUGGGAAUGUGGAGGUGGUGGAUGAAGUUAUUGGCAGGAAUUUGAUAGACUUGGAGCCCUCAAAUCAUAUGAACUAUGUGUUGCUUUCAAAUGUUAGUGGAUUGGUUAGUAGAUGGGAAGUUGUUGGGAAGCCAAGGAAGGAGAUUGAACUUAAAAGGGUUGACCAAAACUCUUUCAAUGGUGUAGUUCAUGAGUUGCUCAGCUGGUGGGGAUGUUGGUUCGAGAUAUUAAAGACCUGUGUUCGAU